CGCCGCCACCCCAGCUCGCGCCAAGACCCGGGCUGGUUCCAUUCACACGCACGCGCCCCCUCCCACUUCCCGCGAGCUAUAAAAGCGCCGCUCGCAGCAUCCCGGCUCCAGCAGGCACCGGGAAACCAUUGCAGGAACUAAUUGCCAGCGCGAGGGAAGGGUCGCACCACUUGCAAGCUCAACAUGUGUCGGGGUUUAUCUGGACUCCCAUCCAGCUGCUUGGAAAGAGCCAAGGAAUUCAAAACCCGUUUAGGGAUCCUGCUUCAUAAACCAGAUCUGGGACAUAAGAUUGGAAAUUGGAGCCACAACACAAAACAGAGAUAUGCCUUGGAAGAAGUGCUCGGAUGGAAGGAAUCUUUUGACCAUUUAUUGAAAAGUAAACAUGGAAUGGCAGCAUUCCAAGGGUUCCUUAAAACAGAAUUCAGUGAAGAAAAUCUGGAGUUUUGGCUGGCCUGCAAGGAGUACAGGAAAAUCCAUUCAAAGACAAAACUGGUUGCCAGAGCUAACAGAAUCUUUGAGGAGUUUGUUCAGAAUGAGGCCCCUCGAGAGGUGAAUCUGGACCAUGAAACUAGAGAGGUGACCAGGAAGAAUCUCACAGUGGUCACUCCUGCUUGCUUCGAAGAAGCCCAAGCCAAAACCUAUACCUUGAUGGAGAAGGACUCCUAUGCCCGAUUUUUAAAAUCAGCCUACUACCGAGACCUGGUAGAACAAGCAACAAGCCACAGAACCGGCAAGGCCACUCAUACCUGAGUCAGCCCAAAGUCACUACAAGGAACUGUGUCGAGGGAACAGAGACAUAGAAUGGAAAAGAAGAGGCAGAAACCUAAGAGGGAGGUGCUAAGAGCGUUUGAGCUGUGGAGUUUUGGCUGGGGCUGUAUCCUCACCAGAAUACCCAAGAGCUCAAAUGCUUCUGCUUGCCCAGAAGUUGAACUGGAGAAAGAAAAAAGAACCUCCUUAUCUGAUAAGAAAUCAGAAGUUUGUGUUUUUAAAAAACUUUGGAGAAAACUUGUGGAGGGAGGCAUGUGCUGUCCAGGCAAGAUAAGAAAAGUGGAGGGGGAAGUAAGAAUUGCAUACCGGAUAACCGGAAAGGUUGAAUUCCUGUUUAAAACUGUCUGCCACCUGCUGAGGACCAUUAUGUCUGUGCAUCCAUUUACCUGCACCAGCAAAAGCUGCUGUCUGCUCCUAGAAGCCCGUUUCUGCUAUACCGACAAAUACAGACAACAACCUGUAAAUAUAAUGCACAAGAGCUUGCAGUUUCCACCCUGCAGACAUCCCCAGAAAUAUCAGCCCUCUGCAUGAUGGUGCACCAACCAGUCUCAGACAUGGGAUUGGAUUGCAAGGCUUAGCAUCUUAACAGUGUUGGCAUUCCUUGUAUUUGCACUGAGAUGAAUUCACCCUCUGGUUUGUUCCAGUUUCAUCCAUACAUUUCUUGUCCUCUGCCCCAUGCAUGUGAGUGGGCAAGGCCUCCUUCCAUGAAUAACUGCAGAAGGUGCGUGUUUGCAGAAGGUGCAUAUGAUUUAUGUAUAGUGCCUCUAUGAACUCUACAUGCAACCCGGGGCUAAUAUGCUCUUUUAAAAAUGAAUUAUUUUUAUUUAUUUAUUGUUAGUAUUAUUGCUAUUUAUUCAGCCAGGGCAUUCAGCGAGCACUUUAGAACUAGAUUUUCCAGAUGAGUCCUUUCAGCCAUGAUCCUAGAGUUGCACUUGGAAUUUUGGCCAUUACUUGUUAAAAAAUGUUGACAAACAGCAGAAAGAGAGAGGUCAGCAACAAGAGGAUGAUAGAACAGCCUUGCAGCAGCCCACUAAAAAGUUACUAGUCUACAAACUCUUUUACUAGCCCUCUUGUGUAUAUAACACAUGUCAUUCAUUUGUGACACAUUUAAACAGAUUGGGGAAGGUGAAGCUCUCUUCCAAUGUACAAGCACUUUAUUCAUACCUGUAAUCAGGUGAAGGGGUGUUCUAAGUCACGGGUUAGAAGCAGUCCCAAAGAAAAAUGCACUGGGAUGUAACUUGGAAGUUUCAUAGCAAAUAGCCUCUCAGAAACACUCAUGAUUAGUCAAGGACCAUUAUAGCAUGAAUCACUCGUAACCUGCUGCCCUAGAGAACUUUCCACAGUGAGUAUCUCUAAAGCCAGCCCCCGCUGAAAUUAAUAGCAGUGCAUUUCUCUGUGGUCAUUCUUUCAACAGGGAUAGGCACAAGAGAGAUUUUCAAUGAAUGGUGAUUGUAAUCAUUCAAUUGGUUCCAAGGAAGGACAUUUCGGAAAAUGGGUGGGUGAAAAAUGACAGAAGUGGGCAAGCAUGCUUUUUAUGAGGAUAUCUGGGUGAAGUUAGACUAGUGAGAUAGACUGCACUGGGGCUUUUUUGGUGCAAAUUACUUGCUUCCAAGGGGAAGGAACACGGCUGAAAAGCAUAAACAUUUUCUUAGGUUUUUAAAUCUUAAGAGGAAUCAGACACCCCUGUUGAUUACGCUCAGAGUAAAUUCAAUUAGAGUACAUUUCUACUGCAGCCAUACCUACUUUAGUCCAGGAAUGCCUAUAAUCUUGGCUAUCACCUAGGCAGCCUAAGGUGGGAUAUUAUCACAGGUACCUCUGCCCAAAUGGAAGGGUGCAUGUGCAGCUAAUUCUUAUUGCAUAAUUCUGUAUGCAUGACAGCUAAUUCUUAUUGCUGCCUUAAAAUUAUUACUGCCACUGGAUGAAAGUAUGGUUUUGCCUUCCGGGGGUAGUUACCAUGAACACCUACAGCUGCCAGAUUUUUGGUCCUAAAUCAGUCUUGCCUAUUCAGAGUGGCAGUAGCUCCCUACCAUCCAAGGCUGAGGUCUUUCACAUCACCUACUACUUGAUCUUUAACUGGGGAUGCUAGGGAUUCACCCUGGGACCUUCUGACAUCUAAGCAGAGACUCCACCUCUGAGCCACAGCCCUUCCCAUGAGAAUGCUUGUCACCCUUUCAAUUUGGAUCUUCCAUAAUGGAUAUUAUCUUGGAAGUAAAGUGGGAUCAGGCAGUAGGUGCAGACCCACCAUCUUUACCCCUUCUAUAAACACUGCCAAUUUAUACUUGUGUGCAUUCCCAUAAUGUAUGCCAGCUUGGAUUGGUUUGGGUCUCUGGCAAUAAACAGUAGUGCUGGCAAUGAAGAGUGUGCCAAUUAUAAUUGAAUGAUCCAACUGCAGAUAGCUUGUGAAUCACAUCAUCAGCCCAUCACAAAAAGGCUACAAAAUGCCAAGCAGCUUUUAUAGAGCUGUUCCAGUCACCAAAAGUGAGAGGAAGGAACUAUAGAACCCACCAUUACAGGGUGAUUUGAAGCAUAGUAAGAUUAAGAAAAUGUUUUGUCACUCAUGGAUAGUAGGAUCAAAUGAUGGGUGAAUGAACCAUCACAGAUGACACAUUUAUGUUACUCAGUAUGGAGGUGACUUACACCUUUGACUGAAAGCCACUCAGUAAUCCUGUGGGAUGAGAUCAUCUGCAUGUGUGAACCAGCCCUUGGAUUCAAUUUCAAAGGGUUUCCAGCACAGAGCUGUUCUCUAGAAACAUACACAGCUUUGAAACUGGGCAACGUGUAGUUCAAAGUCACAAGACCAUUUGUUGCCUGUUUUCCAGCAAUGGAACUGAUGCAGCACUGGUAUUAGGUAAUGAAUGUCAGGUUUGGCUUUUUAUUUUUCCUGCAAUGAGUUACAGAAAAUAAAAGUUCCGUCUGCAUGCCAGCAGCAUGUAUCCUGAGCCCAUAGCCAAAUUCCAAUUUGCAUGCUGCAGUGUAUUUGACAAGUACCGUAUCCUGACGCUCUUAUUGUGUUUGGUUAACCCUUUUUUAGACAAUCUUUUGGUUGCUAUGCAGAGAUGUCUGAAAAAAGGAGCCAGGAUCCACUUACCAUUCUGAAGUCAGUGGUUAAGAACCUCCCUCCAUUGACUUCACAGGUGAAGGAUUGCUAUCUUGAGUUAAAUCUUAGACUAUAUUCACACAACUUAAAAAAAAUCUUUGCUCCUUUUCGAGCUAACGUUGAAGUUACAUGUGAUGCAUGUAUGUGUAGCUUCACUAUGGCAUGAAAAAAAGGAUGGCUAUCCUGUGAUCUUUUGGAACAAGAGAGUAUGAAGGAAAAGAAAAAAAAUGCAUGUUCUAUUUCCCACAGUUUCCAGUACUAUGCUUUAAUGGUGGUUUUCUUGGGCUUUUCCUCAGAUGAAAUUUCUCCCUAUUGAGCAGAAAUUGAUAGGAUUUAACAGCAAAGCAAACUGAUGAAAUGAGGGCAAGGGUAAUUUCAGGGGUUCCACCAGUAAACCACCAUUAAAGAGACAGUGUUGGAAAGUCCAGUUUAAGACCUCAGGAUUAUUUGUACUAUCCGCUUACUGCAGGGACCCUAGCCUAAAUCCUACCGAGAUACACCUUAGGCCAAAGUUGCUGUAAUAUUUAUUUACAUCUGGAGCCUGUUCCAAAUGUCAUUUUUUCCCCAAUGUGAAUGGUGCACUUCUAAUACUGUGUUGUGGAGCCAAGAAUGUUAUAAUAUCACCGUUUUAAUAUUUGCAAAAUAAAACGUUACUGAAAACA